AGACCCUAACUAGCUCAGGAGGCUGGCCCAUCUUUCGACCUUCAAAAGCUCGAUUACGCAGUCGGUGGAAAGUGAACGUAUUGUAAGAGUACUCUAUUCAACAUCGUCAAUAUCACAAGUCUGACGACGGUUAUCUCGCCGGAAAAUGACGUUCGUUUGUCUGAAGCUGGUCGGAAGCCCUUUGACUCCGGUCAUCGGUGAGAAUACCUUACCCAGGAUCAUAUCCAUAAAGAGAGCUCGUCCUCUUCAGAUGAUGCAGGCAGAGAAUGCUUUCCAUUUUGAAAGCUCAAUGAGCCUCAAAGGUAUUAUCAGAACAGAUUUGAUAUGGCCACAGGUAGUAAAUGAAGGACAUAAAUUACAAGCUAUAGAAACCGUUUUUUCACGGAGGGAUACGAUGAUAUCUUUGACGGCUGGAACGCUUAGUGGAAUUGCAUUUUUCACAGCACAACCGGCCAAUGGACGUGUUGUUAAGCCUGAAACCAGGAGAAAGAUUUUUGAGAAGCUCGAGAAACUUAGGGAAGAAGCAGGGGUUUCAAAACCAAAAACUGGGAGUGGAAAAAACUCAUCUCCAGCAGCAGAAUCAUCUGGUAAGGCCACAAAGCUUCAAUCUUCAUCACCAUCUCUCAAUUCUAUGGGAAGCCUAGUUCGACCUUUGGGUGAAGCAACACUACCGUAGCAGAAACACUGUACCUUAGCAAAAGCAAGAAAAAGUAAUCAUUAUGAAUUGCAAGCCACCAAAAGUCCUGGUACUUCUGCAAGGUAAUUUAUGUAAAUCUAAACUACUUCCUACAGAGGCUGUUGCCACAUUUGCAAUAAUGGAAAUAGCUGAAUUUGGGUUUACUAGUUUAAA